UAGUGAAACUAACUUGCUGGUCUUUUGUAAAAGCCAAAGUUGGCUACUGUCACUUUUGGCAGCACUACCGUGCCUAAAGAGAACAAAGCUCCGAAACAAGUCAACAUCUUGAGGUGAAGGUGAUUCUUGGAGUAGGAUACAAGAGAUAGGAGUAAACGAUCGGGAUUGAAUUAUAAAUAAUUAGAAAUUUUGCAAAAAUGUGGCAUCCACAACAGUCUUCUAGAGGAAGAUCGACUUUUGCUAAUCAACGAUCCAGUAGAGAAGAACAUACACAGUCAUCUCAAUCUGACCGAGGAGUAGUUUUCACACCUGGCACACCUGGCAUACCUGGCAGAAGACAAGGUCAUCCUCCUGGACUUAGAGGAAAAGCAAUAGGACUGUAUUAUAGAGAUAGAAACAGGGAGAAAAAGGCAAAUGCAAAAGUUCCAGUUCUCAAGUUACCUUCUUACUUAAUUCAAAGAAUCAAAACCAUUUUAAAUCUCUCAAACUCUGACAAUUCUGCCUCAGAGCCCAAUGAAAGGUCUGAGAAUGACACCAAGUAUAAUUACAUCUCUGAUUCUCAGUUCAAGCAAAAGUUUUUAGGAAUUGUAAAUGGUAAUAUUCAGCGUAAUAUUGCCACGGCUAUGAGCAUGGAAUCCAAAUUGCAAAGGAAUAGUCAUUUGGAUAAAGUAUUGCAAGCUGAAUAUAACGAUAAGCAAAACAAACUUAGCUAUAAAAAUAUGUUGAAAUUUCGUUUAAAGUUACCAGCUUACCAGAAGAAAUCAGAAAUAUUACAGUUAAUCCAAGAUAAUCAAGUUGUUGUUGUUAGCGGAGAAACUGGAUGUGGCAAAACAACACAAGUUGCGCAAUUUAUAUUGGAUGAACAGUUGAAGGCUGGAAACGGUAGCAUUACUCGGAUAGUUUGCACACAGCCUAGGAGGAUCUCUGCUAUUUCUGUCGCUGAACGCGUAGCUGCUGAAAGAGCAGAGCCUCUUGGAAAAUCCGUUGGCUACCAAAUCCGACUGGAAAAAGUAGCAGCGCAAGAGCAAGGCAGCAUAUUAUUUUGCACUACCGGAAUAUUACUACAACUUAUGAAAACCGAUCCGGCUUUGAGGAAUUUUUCUCACGUGAUAUUGGAUGAGAUUCACGAACGUUCCACGGAAAGUGACUUUAUCAUCACAUUAUUGAAGCAAGUUAUACCAAAAAGAACAGACUUGAAAGUCCUCUUGAUGAGCGCGACAUUGAAUUCCGAAAGGUUUUCGACGUAUUAUGACAGAUGUCCUGUGAUACACAUACCGGGAUUCACUUAUCCAGUAAAGGAAUUUUAUUUAGAAGAUAUCUUGCUGUUCACUGGCUUUACCUUUUCCGAGGAAGAAGUCACAGGUCACAAGAAACAUCUGAAAAGGUACAAAGAAUUGCGAGUUAAACAGGACGAUUUUAUGGGUAUGAUAAAACCUUACAUCAGGCAACUUAUAAGUGAGAGGAUAUACCCGAAAUACGUCACUGAUGAAUUGGCGAAACCGAGCAGCGAGGAGCUAUCUUUGAAGCUCAUAGAGAAAUUAGUGAGACAUAUCUGCCUUACGAAAGAUCCGGGAGCUAUUCUUAUUUUUCUACCUGGCAUGAUGGAUAUAUUGCAGCUGAAUAGAAUGAUGGUGGAAUCUGGAUAUUAUCCAAGCAGUAAGCACGUCAUCUACCCUCUGCACUCACGCAUGCCAACGGUCGAUCAGGCGAUUAUAUUUAAGGAACCGCCUUACGGCAUUCGCAAGAUAAUUAUCGCCACAUCGAUCGCCGAGACGUCAAUAACUAUCGAGGACGUGAUAUACGUGAUAAAUUGUGGCAAAACGAAACUCGGCAGAUUUGAUAUACAUAACAAUAUUCAGACCUUAGAAUCGGAAUGGGUAUCUUUGGCUAGCGCCAAACAAAGACGCGGCAGAGCCGGCAGGGUUCAGAGUGGGGAGUGCUAUCACCUGUACUCGAAAGCACGGGAAAAGACGUUCGAUCAAUAUCCUCUGCCGGAAAUGUUGAGAACGCGCUUGGAAGAGGUAAUCUUGCAAAUAAAAAUCCUGCAGUUAGGGAAAGCCAAAGAGUUCCUAGCUAACGUGAUGGAUCCGCCAGACCUGAAGGCCAUUGAUCUGUCCCUCGAUUUGCUUAGGACGCUCAAUGCCCUCGACAACGACGAGCACUUGACACCUUUGGGCUAUCAUUUAGCGCAUCUGCCGCUUGAUCCCAGAACAGGUAAAAUGAUUCUCUGGGCGGCGCUCUUCUCUUGCGCCGAGCCGAUAUUCGCCAUCGCGGCCAGUCUCACGUUUAAAGACGCCUUCUACUGUCCGCUGGACAGAGAGGAGGAAGCCAACGAGAAGAAGUUGGAGCUCAGUCUGGGUCAAUACAGCGACCACAUGGCGCUCGCCGAGGCCCUACAGAGAUUUGAAAUGGCGUAUCAACACGGCGUCGCCGGUCGGUUUUGCCGGGAGUACUUCCUGUCGUACAACACGUUGAAACUCCUCUCCGAGAUGAAAACCGAUUUCGCGAAGUACUUGUACGAGAUGAAGUUUUUGGACAGCAGCAAUCCGAACAACAUGAACGCAAACAGAAAUUCGCAUAACAUGGCUCUGAUAAAGGCCAUCGUUUGCGCCGGAUUGUAUCCCAACAUCGCCGUCGUCAGACGAACCACGAAAAACGGAGUUAUCUGCUGGACGCCGGAAGACGGCACCGUACACAUGCACCCGUCCAGCGUGAACAGCAGGAGUUCCAACUUCCCCAGCCGGUACCUGACAUACUUCACGAAGCAACGCUCCACCGCCAUAUUCUUGCACGACACCACGUGCGUGAGCAUACCGAUCUUGCUGUUCGCCAGGCCGAACAUGUCGAUAAGGCGAGAGAAACGGAAGUGUACGAUAAACUUCAUCUUUUCCGAUAACAUUGCCUGCGACCCAGACACGGCGGAAGUAAUACAGAAACUUCACGAAGCUCUGAACACCCUGCUGGAGUACAAGGUCACGCACCCGACGACGGUGUGCUGGUCGUCGUUCGAGGGGCAACUACUCAGAGCGAUCAUCGAGCUGGUGUCGCAGAAGGACGAGGAGAUCGGCUUUGGCAAUAACGCAGUUGAUGACGAGUCCAUGGACGAUUUUUGCGCUAAUUACGGUUAAUGUUACACAUUGGUUAUCAAUUCGAGUUAUCAGUUAAUCUAUUAAUUUGUACAAGUAAUUUCUAAGUUUCGUUUUACGAGUCGUCAAUUACCGUGUCCGGUCUGGAGGCA